CUCCACUGUUUACUCCAGGCUCUAUAGCCCCUCCCCCUUUCCCUCUCUCUCUCUCUCUCUCUCCAGAAGGCGAAGAUGGCUGCGGAUGAUUUGGCGCUGGACUUGGAAGAGCUUCGCCAUCUUGAAAGCAUAGCGAAGAGGCCCCGAAUCGUCUCUCUCAUUGCCUCCGAAAUCCGCAACUUGGAGAAGCUGUCACAGGCUCAAACACCAACUCCAGUUCCAACAGCAAAAGUGGCUACGUCUACUAACCCAGCACUGAAAUAUAUUACACUUGGAUCUUUUAGCUGGGAUCAAGACAAUGAGAAAAUUAAGAUAUACAUCUCCUUGGAGGGAGUUGACCAGGAAAAGAUGGAGAUAGAAAUCAGGCCAAUGUCCUUUGAUGUCAAAUUCCAUGAUGUCCAAAGAAAGAACUAUAGAUGUGCUAUUCCAAAACUGCACAAGGAGAUUGUGCCUGAGAAAUGUAAGGUGGUGGUUAAGCCUACAAGGGUUAUAGCCACAUUGUAUAAGGCCUCCAAGGGAAAUUGGUUGGAUCUGCAUUUCAAAGAGGACAAGCUGAAGCCGAAUCUCGACAAGGAGAAAGAUCCAAUGGCGGGAAUUAUGGACUUGAUGAAGAAUAUGUAUGAAGAAGGGGAUGAUGAAAUGAAGCGAACAAUUGCAAAAGCAUGGAGUGAUGCUAGAUCCGGCAAGGUAGCUGACCCAUUAAAGGGGUAUAAGUGAAACAAUUCUAGGUCACUUGUUUUUGGCUGAGGAUUUUGAUUUGGAAUUUUAUGGUCACUCUGUUGGUUUAUCAGUUGCGGAAUGUUGUGAAUGGUGGCUCUUGUUUAUUUACGUUGUUAAAUUUUACUUCUGGAUAAUUGUGCUGUCAAAGAACAAGUUUUUAUGCAAUAUAGGUUAAUGGCUUUAUAGUUCA